CUGCUGUCCGGUGGAGAGACAGACCCUCGUGGUACGCCGCGAAUCGGCAUUGAUCAAGCUAACGACAGCAGCCGCGGGACGCGGUCGACGCGGCACGCGACGGCAAACGCGAAAAGGCAGCGUCGCGCGAGCCAGGGCAGCCCCCAAGGGACUCUGGGAGGAUCCCUGACACAAUGCACAAAAACAAAGGAACGGCGCGGCCGCCGCGACCGAAGCCGCCGAAGAAGGCGGCCGCCCGCCGCAGCGCGCCACAAGAAGGCGGCCCGCUGGCCGUGGGCCAGCGCGUGCGCGUCGUGCGCGACGGCAAAGCGUGCGACGGCGACGUGUCGUUCCUCUCGCCGCUGCGCGACACGUGCACGAUCACCUACGUUGAUAAGACGGUGGAGACCUUCGUCAGCGUGAAGCGGCUGCGGUCGGCGUCGCGCGACGGCGGCUUCGCGGUGCUGGCGGCCCCGCCGACGGCCGCGGCGCCGGCGCCGAAGAGCCACAAGUCGCUCGUGCGCUUUAAGCGCGGCGACCGCGUCGAGGUGCGGCGGGGCAAGACCUGGGCGAAGCGCACGGUGCGAAGCUGCGAGGCGACGGGGCCCGGCACGGCCGAUUUAACUUUGGCGGACCCCUGGGGCAACGAGGAGUUCCACCAGUUGGAUGUUAGUGAAGGUUUGGAGGACGUUAUCCGCUGGGAGAAGCGGCCGGACAAAGCGUCGCUCGACGCGGCGCCCACGCCCGCGAAGGCGCCGAAGGCGCCUAGCAAGGCGUCGCAGCCGAACAUUGCGUCGCCGGCGCCCAAGGCGGCGGCCGUCAAGCAGCUCCACGCCGUCGUCUCGCGCCAGGCUUCGGCAGAAAGUGAGCGUUUGGAAUCAAACCAGCCGGCCUGGGCGCGGCGCGGCGCGACGUGCCAGGUCGACUGCGGCCACGACUGGUUCGACUGCACGCUGACGACGCGCGAGAAGCAGGGCACGUGGCGCAUUCGGCACGCCGACGGCGCCUUCGAGAACGGCGUUUCGCUUGAUAGAUUAAGGGAGCGCCAGUGGUUUGCUGCUGGUUCGCUAGCGAGGGUGGCCUACCAGGACCGCUGGCACGACUGCAAGAUCUUGGCGGUGUCGCGGGACCGCAAGACGUGUACGGUGCGGUACGAGGACAACGGCUACGCCGAGGAGAACGUGCCCGUGGCGACGCGGCUGCGCGAGCUGCGGUAUGCGGACCCGGUAGCGCCCGUACCAUUGCCGGACUUCAGCAAGCCCGCGCCGAAGCCCGUGUCGCUGGCGUCGUCCUCGGACCGGGACUCUCCUGCGGUUGUGGAAUCGAAGAAGAAGAAGAAGACCGUACCGGCGCCGCCGCCGCGCUUCGUCGAACGGGCACCGGUCGCGCCCAAGCCCAAGGCCAAACCGUUGAGGGCCAAACCCGACAUCGACCUCACGGGCGACGACGACGAAUCGCCGCGCAAGGCGCCGAAGCCGAAGCAGAAGCCGGCGGCGCCGCACCCUCCGUCGAAGCCCAAGCCGGCGAAGGCCGCCAAGGCGCCCGCCGCCGCGGCACCGAAGCCGAAGCCGGCUCCAAAGGCCGCUAAAGCUCCGCCAGCGACGGAGAAGGCUCAGCCGAAGCCAAAACCAGUCCCGAAGGCGCUGUCGGCUCCCAAGGCCGCCAAGGCGAAGCCGGAGGCUGCCGCCGCGCCGAAGGCUCCGAAGGCGCCCAAGGCGCCCAAGGCUGCGACGGAGAAGGCUGCGCCGAAGCCAAAACCAGCACCGAAGGUGGCCAAGGCGCCAGUCGAGGCUCCCAAGGAGAAAGCCGCGCCGAAGCCGAAGCCCGCUCCGAAGGCCAAGCCCGACGCGCCGGCGCCGUCGAAAGCGCCCAAGGCGAAACCGGCGCCGAAGGCCAAAAAGCCGGUGGUCGCCGCGGCGCCCGCGCCCAAGCCGUCGCCCGCGAAGAAGUCGGCAGUCGCCGCGCCAGCACCGACCAAGGCCGCGGCCCCCAAGCCGUCCCCGGUAAAGAAGGCGGCGCCAGCGGCGCCGAAGGCCCGGCGCGCGCCAUCACCAGAGCCGAAGGCAGCGAAACCCGCCGCUCCCAAGCCGCAAAAGAAGGCCGAGUCACCUAAAAAAGCGAAGGCGCCCGCGCCCAAGCAGCCGGAGAAGGCGGAGGCUCCGCCGAAGCCGGACGCCGCCGAGGCCGCGCCGCGACAACCGAAGAGGCCGAGUUUCUUCCCGAAGGCCGACGCCGCGCCGGCGCCGCAGCCCUCUCCCAAGAAGGCCGCGCCGACGCCACCGCAAGAGGCCUCUCCCAAGAAGCCGACCGCAGCUUCGCCGAAGCCGAAGAAGCCGCAAACGCCUCCGAAGCCGACGCCGGCGGGGCCGCAAAAUACGCCGGCCGGGCCGCAGACGACGCCGGCCGCGCGGCCGACGCCGGCCGCGCCCGCGACGCUCACGCCGAACCAGAGCCGCUCGCACGAGCAGGCCCUCGAGACGCUCAAGCUGGCCGCGAACCCGGACCUCGAGCCGCUGCCGCCGCGGCGCCGCCCGUCCGCGUCUAAGCCCGCCGCGCCCUCUCCCGAGAAGGCCGCGCCACCGACGCCCGUCGCGCCGAAGGAGCCAGAAGCCUCUCCGAAGCCGGCCGCCGCGCUGACGCCGCCGCCAGCACCAGAGCCGGAGGCCGCGCCGCAGAGCGCCGAGGAGCGCCCGCCGACGCCGCCACCGCCCGCCGAGACGGCGGUAGCGUCGCCGAAGCGCGAGCGUCGCCUCGGGCCCGGCACGACCCUGACGCCGCGGCGCAAGAGUUCGAUCGACGAGCCCGUCGGCCGCGGCGCGCUCGGGCGGAAGGUCCAGAAAUUCGAGACGGGGCCCCCGCCGGCGACGCCCGCGCCGCAGCCGACGUCACCGUCGUCGACGACUCCGGUCCUCCUGCACUACAAGAGCGGCGCGGACGUCACGUCGAACGAAAUGGACCUCACGGACAAGUGGCUCGGGAAACCUGUUGCUGCUUUGAAAGCGGCCUUCGCGAAGCGCAUGAGCUUGGAUGUCGACGGCCUGUCCACAAAACGCGCCGACGGCACAGCCAUCAGCGAGGCCCUGCCCAUCCGGGACAUCAUCGACGGCGUCGAGGGCAGCGCGAACGUCGUCUUCGAGCUGAAAGCGUCGGAGUAAGUAGGUUUGCGUCG